UCAGUGGAAUCCACCUGUUGGAAGCGUCACUGAAAUAAAAAGUUAAUGAAAACUCAGAAGAGUAGGAUCUACUCUGCUCUUUUAAAGAAAGGAAGAAUGCAGACCAUGAAAACAAUAAUGGAAUGGAAGAUACUGUACAUUCACCUGGCGUUGCUUUCCCUUUUCCUGAUAGAGGAAGCGUCUUCUCAAGAUGUAUCAAGCUGUGCGGGGAGAUGUGGGGAAGGGUAUUCUAGGACUGACGCCUGCCACUGUGACUAUAACUGUCAACACUUCAUGGAGUGCUGUCCCGAUUACAAGAAAGUCUGCACCAAGGAGCUCUCCUGCAAAGGACGGUGCUUUGAGUCGUUUGUAAGAGGGAGAGAAUGCGACUGUGAUGCAGCCUGUACUAAAUUCGGCAAGUGCUGCCCGGACUAUCAGAGCUUCUGCGAAGAAAUACACCACCCGAAACCAACACCACCAUCACCAGAAACUGCACCGCUCAAACCAACCCCUCCGGCCAACAAAUCAACCACUAAACGCACCCCUAAAACACCAAAGAAGAAGCCAAAGACAGUGGUAGAAGCAAAGGAAGUGACAGAAGAACAUUCGGUUUCUGAGAAUCAGGAAACCUCUUCUUCGUCUUCAUCUUCCUCUUCCUCAACCAUUCGGAAAACCAAGUCUUCCAAAAAUUCAUCUGACAAUUCAGAACCAAAGAAGAAACCCAAAGGACAAGACUCUAAAAAGAAAAGAACCACCAAAGACAAGCCUACCCCACCGCCUCCAACUGUAGACGAAGGCAGGAGCGGAGCAGACGACGCGGGUUUCGAGCCAACUCCUCUUCCAGAAAGCCCGAGCCCUCGGCCAAACGAAGCCGUCCCAACCACGAAAGCUACUACGGCCCACCCGGAGGUCAGUCUCCCGCCGAGCGGUCCUGCAAGUACAGCUGAGGUUUCCCUUAAGGAGACGUCAACGUCGACGAAAGAGACGACGGCUACUACCGCCAAAGAGACUUCGACUACAGUUAAGGAAACAGUGACGACCGCUAAACGGACUUCAACGACAGCUAAGGAAACAGCUAGUGCCGCCAAGCAGACGGCUACCACAGGAUCAAAACCGGCCUCUGAGGUCCCGACGCCACCUGCGGUUAUGACGACGACGGCGGGCAAGGAGACGACGACGACGGCGGGCAAGGAGACGACGACGACGGCGGGCAAGGAGACGACGACGACGGCGGGCAAGGAGACGACGACGACGGAGGGCAAGGAGACGACGACGACGGAGGGCAAGGAGACGACGACGACGGAGGGCAAGGAGACGACGACGACGGAGGGCAAGGAGACGACGACGGAGGGCAAGGAGACGACGACGGAGGGCAAGGAGACGACGACGACGGAGGGCAAGGAGACGACGACGACGGAGGGCAAGGAGAUGACGACGACGGAGAGCAAGGAGACGACGACGGCCAAACAAACGGUCGCUCCGACCACGGUUGCCUCUCCCUCAUCUAAAAUAGUCACCUCGGAGCCACCUUCCACCCCCGAAGACAAAACUCUUACAAGUAAAACAGCGAGUACCACUAUUAAGGUAACCACAACUAAAGAUACCUCUACCGCCCCUAAAGUGACAACAACUAAAAUCACAACUACCACAACCGAAGAGACAACUUCCAAUCCCGGAGACACAACCGUGACAACGGACAAGAUCUCCGUGGCUCCGAAAGACACGACGAUGGCUCCGAGAGAGACUCCGGCAGACCCUGGAGCUCCAACCGCCCCACCUUCAGAAAAGAUUCCCACGGCCUCCGAACCCACGACGGCCCCGGCUUCGGACGAGACUCUGGCCCCUGAAGAGACUCCGGUGACCUCUGAAGCCGCGACGGCCCCGGCUCCGGACGAGGCUUCUGCGCCUAAAGAAACUUCCGUAACCCCUAAAGCCACGACGGCCCCGGCUCCGGACGAGGCUUCUGCGCCUAAAGAAACUUCCGUAACCCCUAAAGCCACGACGGCCCCGGCUCCGGACGAGGCUUCUGCGCCUAAAGAAACUUCCGUAACCCCUAAAGCCACGACCGCCCCGGCUUCGGACGAGACGCCGGUACCUAAAGAAACCUCCGUGACCCCGGCUUUAGACGAGGCUUCUGCACCUCAAGAGACUCCCGUAACCCCCGAAGCCACGACCACCCCAGCUCCAGACAAGACUCCUGCACCCAAAGAGACUCCCGUAGCCCCUCAAGCCACGACCACCCCGGCUUCGGACGAGACUCCCGUACCCAAAGAGACACCCGUAACCUCGAAAGCCACAACCACUCCCGCUCCAGACGAGACUUCUGUACCUGAAAAGACUCCCGCCGCUUCUAAAGCCUCAACCACACCGGCUUUAGACGAGGCCUCUGCGCCUAAGGACACUCCCGCGACCCCUAAAUCCACAACCACCCCGGCUCCGGGCAAGACUCCGGCACCUAAAAAGACUCCCGCGACCCCUAAAUCCACAACCACCCCGGCUCCGGGCAAGACUCCGGCACCUAAAAAGACUCCCGCGACCCCUAAAUCCACAACCACCCCGGCUCCGGACAGGACUCCGGCACCUAAAAAGACUCCCGCGACCCCGAAAUCCACAACCACCCCGGCUCCGGACGGGACUCCGGCACCUAAAAAGACUCCCGCAGCUUCUAAAGCCACAACCACCCCGGCUCCAGACGGGACUAUGCCAACUAAAGUGACAAUUGCGACUGUAAAGACAAGUACUCCUAAAAUUCCAAGUAAAGAAAUCACCGCUCCGGGAACACUGACGAUGGUUGGACGUCAAGAGGAUCCUUCCUCUUUGGCCGAAUCGCCCAUCCGCGUCCCCAUCGCACCUACAAGAACCCCAAAGCCAGAAAGGCCAGACGCUCCCGUUGGUCCCGAAGACGUCUCAGAAAGCGUGAUUCCGGCCCUUCCAGAACUGGAGGAACAGCUUAUGAUUCCAAGACCUCCGGCCUUCAAUCCACUGGCCGUCCCGGGGGCUACCUUUAUUUUGAGACCGAAUCAAAACGGUGCCAGCAACCCAGUGCUUUCAGAUGAGAUGAACUUGUGUAACGGAAAGCCAGUGGACGGACUCACGACUUUGCGCAAUGGGACAUUAGUUGCAUUUCGAGGUCAUUAUUUCUGGAUGUUGAAUCCAUUCACUCCUCCAUCACCACCUCGCAGAAUUACUGAGGUGUGGGGCAUCCCCUCCCCUAUUGAUACAGUUUUUACGAGAUGCAACUGUGAAGGAAAAACGUUUUUCUUUAAGGACUCUCAGUACUGGCGUUUCACCAAUGACGUAAAAGACGCAGGCUACCCGAAACAGAUCUUUAAAGGAUUUGGAGGACUGAAUGGAAAAAUAGUGGCGGCUCUCUCGAUAGCUAAACACAAAAACAGGCCUGAAUCGGUGUAUUUUUUCAAAAGAGGCGGCAGCAUGCAGCAGUAUACCUAUCAGCACGAACCCACCAAAAAAUGCACCAGGCAGAAACCUGCUGUCACCUAUCCAAUUUACGGACAGACUACCUUGGUCAGAAGACGUCGCUAUGACCGGGCUGUACCUCCGUACCAAACGUACCACCACACCAUCAGAAUUAACUAUCCACCCAGCUAUCAAACGGUCAAAGUCAGCUACCCAGUAGGUGUGCUGCAUAAUGAAGUAAGAAUGAAUACACAGUGGAGAGGAUUUCCCAAAGUCAUAACCUCGGCUAUCGCACUGCCCAACCCCAGGAAACCCGAUGGCUACGACUACUAUUCAUUUUCUAAAGAUCGAUCCUACAGCAUCGACGUGCCCACCAGAACAGCAAGAGCCAUCACCACACGCUCGGGCCAGACGCUAUCAAAGGCCUGGUACAACUGUCCUUGACAGCCACCUCUAGGGUUGUGGAUUUGAAGGAGAAGCGACGCUUUUCACUAACGAGUCUAAUUUUAUUAAUAAAGGGGUUGAAAUGUUUGCAUACCGAUUUAAGUAUAAAAUGCUUUGACGCGCAGCAGUAGAUUACUCUAAAAGAAAGCCGAUCCGCCACUUGUAUUCACAGCUCCGGAGAUUAUUUUACAGGACUUUUAACUAAUAUUCCCUCUGUUUAGUCCACCUCUGCCUCCCAUUGCAUGGGUAACACCUGAAAGUAGAAAAAGAAAAACAUCCCUUCAGUCGGCGGAUCCCCAUUACCACUUGAUUUUUAAAAAUCACAGCUCUAGUUGGAUUCAGGACCCUAAAGGUAAAAAUGCUUUAAAUCAGAGGGGCAACAGUUUAGCAAGUGUCUAACAGUGUACUGAAUUGUUACUCAAAUUGUUACCGAUUUGUAUAUUCCAAGCGCUUAGUACAGUGCUCUGCACACAGUAAGCGCUCUAAGUACUACUGAAUGAAUGAAUACUCCAUAUCAUACGAGUCAAAAACAUUUUUUUACAACAUCACCAGUGCUCACGUUGAAAGCUGCCCGUUUCCUGGUAAAAAGUGAGCCUCGUGCAGCCUUCUGAGAAACUCACCUCUCUGACGGUUAAACUGACGACCCCGGACCCCUGUUCUCAGUGUCUGUGGCUGAAGCCUGACUCGCCUGAAAGGCUUCGGUUGACUGGUGCUGGUAUCUAGAGAGAAAAACCACGACACCAAAAAUCAGUUGAACAGUGGGAGAAGCGGUUUAGAAGUACGUGCGUUAAUGUCCAAUGUCAUUGUCUGACAGCUUUCACUGUUUAGCAAUUAUUUAACCAGUAAUUAUUUUUAUUGAAAAAAAUAUUAAACUAGAUUGAACAAAA